AAAACUAUUAAAGUCGCGCGCACAAGAUGGCGGCGCCCACUAAAAUGGUGGACCCUGCGUCUUGGUCCAAAAUAAUAAGUGCCUUUCCCGGUAAAUUCACGCUCGCUUUUUGCUAUGGCUCCGGCGUGUUUCCACAGAAGGGAGCCGCUCAACCAAAGGGCAACAUGCUCGAUGUGAUCUUCGCCGUCGACGAUCCACUCGCUUGGCACCGGGAAAAUUUGAAACGAAACUGGCGGCACUACUCGUUCCUGAGGUACGGCGGGCCCCACCUCGUGAACAAGGUGCAGAAGGACUUUGGCGCGUACGUCUAUUACAACACGUUCGUGCCCUACGACGACGGGCUGAUGAAAUACGGCGUGAUCAGCACAGAUCGACUGAUUACCGAUCUUCUGGACUGGGAGACGCUCUACCUCAGUGGCCGUCUGCAUAAACCGGUGAAGAUCCUUGAGGAGCCCACUGGGGAGAUCAGGCGUGCCAUGGCCCUGAACCACAGGACGGCCAUCCACACGGCCCUGCUCAUGCUGCCGGCCAGCUUCACCGAGGAGGAGCUCUACCUCAAGAUUGCGGGACUCUCCUACGUCGGCGACUUCCGGAUGAUCGUGGGAGAAGACAAGAACAAGGUCUCGAACAUUGUGUCCGGCCAGCUGCCCGAGUUCCGCAAGAUCUACCGGCCGUACCUGGAGACGACCGAGAUGAUAUCUUGGAACGAGGAGACGCAGAUGUUUGAGCAACGGCCGGGGCCCGACGGGCGGCUGCACCACCUGAACCUGCUGCCCAAGUCCCUGCAGUCGCACCUGCUGCGGGUCUGGAACCGGGACGGCCGCCACAGGGACCUCGAGGACGUGCUCCAGGCCGUGGCCGGCGACCCCCACUGCGCUCAGUUCGUGGAGGAAGCGGUUGCCGGCGUUGUCUGGAGAUCGAGUUGGGGCCAAAUGGCAAAAGGCAUUGUCACAGCAGGUCUGUGGAAUUCCCUUCACUAUGGAAGCAAAAAGAUCAUCAAGAUGCUGAAAAGCCUCACGACAUAGCCGAGGUGCGAGCUCGCAGCGGCGCUCCCCGUUCUUCAUCUCGACCACAUCGUGCCGCGCACGUUCGCGCGUCGAAGCAUUAGUCUCUUAGUCGACGCGAUUACCGUAGGAAGAACUGGCUUCGUACUAGGAACUUCGUGUCAUUUUUGAAGACUCCUUUUAGUCCAAGUUUUUGGGUUUGUUUUUUCUACGGAAGUGGGUUAGUGAGGGGAACGGGGCCAUUUCGAGUGACUUUGAACUGCCAUGUUUUCGUUGGUGGGACCCAAGUACAGUGCCGCCUCUUCUGGGAACAAUGAGACGGGCACUGUGCCUCGUGAUAUUUAUACUAAGAUACAUCCACAUAUUGUUACGAAGGAUCGUGCCGUUCCAUUUAUGCUCCAGUCAGACUACGCCUGGAGAGCACAAACUGCAAUAUAUAGUAAUCUCCAGAGUUCGUCAUUGAAAAUGAAAUCUCGGAGAAAAAACAUUUUUUUUACGUUUAUUUCGGUGUUUGGUUUUCGUCGGGCCACAAAUUUUGGUUUUACAAUAGAAAACUCACGGACGAGCAUUGUAAAUAUCAGAUUCUGAUCUAAAUAAUAAAAAGACUGGUAGUAUUUUGUCUGUGUAAGGUUUCCAGAUGGUUUCUUCGGUUAGAUGUAACGACCGUCGUUGUAAUCUUUUUCGGGGGUGCUAAUAUUUUUUUUUUCUUUGGGGAGUUGAAAACCUUAUUCUCUUAGAGUUUGGGGAAAAAAUUAAUACUGGGGCAAUAUAGAUUUUAAUCAAAACCAAAAUUCCCAGAGUUUGCAUCUCUAAAAUUUUGCAUAAAAUUUUGUUUGUAUAGUUCCAAAUCAUGCCCGUGAGUGCCAUCAAAAUCCCGAUUGAUUUGAAUGUGCUUCCCAGCAACAGUUGGGAUUCAUGUUUUCUGCAACAUUAAUGGGUUUGGUUUAUUAAGGUGCCUGGAAUCAAGCUGGCACAUCUUAUCUCGAGUCACUAAGAGAGCGUGAAAUAAAGAAUCGUUAAUCAA